UCUCUCUCUCUCUCUCUCUCUCCCUCUCUUUUUAUAAAAAAAAAAUUUCAGCUUUGUUCGUCGUCCGAAGUCCUGCUUCGAUUGAAUCAAAACCCACGAUGCGAUAAAAGAAGAGAGUUUUUGGAGAGAGUCAACAGAUGAUGCUAAUGCCCACCUCCAUCUUCCCCUUUCCUAAUCGUCCCUUCUCCGAUUAACCUAACCGUAAUUACCUAAAAAAAGCUUCAAAAAUCUUUCCCGAUAUUCACAAACCCUAGAUCUUUGUUCCCAUUUUCCUUCAAUUUUUCUUCCUUACCCCUCCAAUUUUCUUUUCCAUUCUUAUCUUCACGGAUAUGGAUCGUCGGUGCCCUUGAUUUCGUCUACAGUUGUUUCUUCUUUCUCUUGUGUCACGUGAUAAUUUGAUUCUUUUAGGUAGGGGAUUGUGAGAUUGCGAUAGGGUUUCGGUUUCUAAUUUGUUGUGUUGAUGGAGCCUCGUGUGGGGAACAAGUUUCGGCUCGGUCGGAAGAUCGGUAGUGGCUCCUUUGGGGAGAUCUAUCUUGGUACUAAUAUUCAAACAAAUGAAGAGGUCGCCAUUAAGCUUGAAAACGUCAAGACAAAACAUCCACAGUUGCUGUAUGAAUCAAAGUUGUACAGAAUUCUGCAGGGAGGAACUGGCAUUCCAAAUGUGAGAUGGUUUGGUGUUGAGGGAGAUUACAAUGUGUUGGUGAUGGAUUUGCUUGGACCUAGUCUUGAAGAUCUGUUUAACUUCUGCAGUAGAAAACUCUCCUUAAAGUCAGUUCUCAUGCUUGCAGAUCAAAUGAUCAAUCGUGUCGAAUUUGUUCAUUCGAAAUCAUUUCUGCAUCGAGAUAUCAAGCCAGAUAAUUUUCUCAUGGGCUUGGGACGGCGAGCAAAUCAGGUGUACAUUAUUGAUUUUGGUUUGGCUAAGAAGUACAGAGAUAGUUCAACUCAUCAGCAUAUUCCUUACAGAGAAAACAAGAAUCUGACUGGAACUGCAAGAUAUGCCAGCAUGAAUACUCAUCUCGGCAUUGAGCAAAGUCGGAGGGAUGAUUUAGAAUCACUUGGUUAUGUCCUUAUGUACUUCUUGAGAGGAAGUCUUCCUUGGCAGGGACUGAAAGCGGGAACUAAAAAACAAAAGUAUGAGAAAAUCAGUGAAAAAAAGGUUUCUACUUCAAUUGAAGCCCUAUGCCGGGGCUAUCCGACAGAAUUUGCUUCAUACUUCCAUUACUGCCGUUCACUUCGAUUUGAUGACAAGCCUGACUAUGCUUAUCUGAAAAGACUAUUCCGUGACCUUUUCAUUCGAGAAGGCUUUCAGUUUGAUUAUGUUUUUGACUGGACCAUUUUGAAGUAUCAGCAAUCACAGCUAGCCACACCGCCAUCUCGUGCCCUUGGCCCUGGUGUUGGAACUAGUUCUGGAAUGUCCCCUGCCAUUGCCAAUGCUGACAGACAAACAGGUGGGGAAGAAGGGCGUCCAGCAGUUUUGUCUUCUGUUGACUCUUCUAGGCGGAGACUAUCAGCUCCUAUUGUAAAUUCGGUCAGUCUCCCGAAGCAGAAACAUGCAGUCCCUAAUGAUGCAGCAAUUUCCAGAGACGCAAUACUGUCUGGUUCAACAUUAUUGGGACGUGGUGGAUCCUCAAGGCGGGCUGCCAUGUCAAGCAGUCGCGAUGCAUUUGCUGGAAGUGAUGAGCCCCAGCAAUCUCGGACAACCGAUUCAGGCCUUGGAGGAAUGCACAGAAUUUCUCCUGGUGGUGGAUCAUCAGACCCCAAGCGCUCAUCUUCCGCUAGAGCCGCUAAUGUAAAGAACUACGAAUCUGCUCUCAAGGGCAUUGAGGGCCUGCACGUUGAUGGUGAUGAGAGGGUUCAUUAUUAGGUUUCUUUCUAAUCUCUGGGCCCUGUUGUAAAAUCAUGAAUUGCUGGGUGUGCUAUCACAAUUGAGUAGAGUAGGGAUUGCACUUUGAAUAUUUGAAUUACGGGGCGCCGGAUGCAUGAACUGAUGCAUAGACUAAUUUGCAUAGAAGGCAAAGUGAGAAUAUCCAUCCAGAAAAUUGAUAAUAUGGAAGACAAGUGAGAAAUUUUUAGGCGCUUUUAGUCUUUCCUUAUUUUUCUGUGUAAAAUUUUCACUUGAGGUUGUUUUUCGUGUAAAAUGAAUACUUCGAUAGGGUUGUUGGUAACAACGAAUAAAUGGUUGUAAUUGAAUUUGUAUCAAAUGAGGCUGAUGGAGGAGACAGUAGGAUGCAAUUUUUGGAGA